AUGGCUCGCCCACGCGCCGAUACGGGGAACUUCCCCAAAGAGCCUCACUCGAUAUCUUUAAAAGUGCUGAGGCAAUUAGGUCAAUUAAUGCGCAUCCCCCAUAGACUCUCCCGACCGUCGCUGGCACAACAACACCCUCUCCCCCGCGAAAAUGACAACAAGAUACCUCAUACAGCCUCGUUAGCAUACCCAUCCAAAGCCGUCGACCAGAACUUCAUUUUGUCCGCCAGCAUGGGUUUGCCGCCAUCCUUCGGUUCGGCUCAUGUCGGCGAGACCUUCUCCUGUGCUCUCUGCGCCAACAACGAACUCCCCUCAGCACAGUCAACCAAAAGCGUUUCAGGAACAAGAAUCUUGGCCGAAAUGCAAACACCAUCUCAAGCCGUGCCCCUAGAGCUCUAUGCGGCUGAUGAUCUAACAGAAGACAGCUCGAGUCACUCCGGGCCCGGAAGCGCCUUGCAAAGGAUCAUUCGGUUCGACCUGAAGGAGGAAGGCAACCACGUGCUCGCCGUCAAUGUCACCUACACCGAGACCCUAUCAGGUGAUGGCCAAGCCACCGGCGGGAGGGUUCGAUCGUUUCGGAAAUUAUACCAGUUCCUCGCCCAACCAUGUGUGAGCGUGCGAACCAAGACCACUGAACUGGAAGCUGUCAAAGUUUCCGACAAAGCGCAUGGUCCGUAUGAAAAGGCCACUUUGCUGCGCUAUGUUUUAGAGGCACAACUGGAAAACGUAUCAGAUGCGCCGAUAUUACUGCAACAGACUAAACUCCAGCCGAAGCCGCCAUUCAAGUCGACUUCGCUGAAUUGGGAUGCUGAACAGGAUAACGAUGUUGCCGCGGAAUAUCCGUCGCUCAAACCCCGAGAUAUUAUACAAGUAGCCUUUCUGGUCGAGCAGGAACAAGGCGUCGCAGAAGGGCUGGAGGAACUCAAGGAUAGUAUCAAACGUGAUGGCAGGGCGGUUCUGGGCCAACUUGCUAUUCAAUGGCGGACCGAAAUGGGAGAACGAGGUUCCCUGAGCACCGGGAACCUCUUGACUCGGCGGAAAGCAGCAUAA